AUGGAUAACAGCCUCAACUUAGCCACGAUGAUGGGUGACAGCAUUGCGACUCCGGAGAACGCCACCAACGCGGAGGGAGCCACCAAGUCAGAGAAGAAAGCUCAUCUGACCAUCCUACAGUAUGACAAGCUGUCAAAGACUUCUACUCCUAAAUCAACCGUCCCUCUCCCGGCCGAGUACAAAACUUCGGCUUUGCAGCAUCUACGAUGGUACCUGAUUAAAAAUGGUCACCUACCAAAGGAGUAUGUUAACAAUGCCUUUUGCAAAGACAACGGCGCUGUUGUUACCGACGACACCACGUUUGAUAUUUACACAAAGAUGAACGGUGAUUCGGGUGGCGAGAAAGAAGGCUUAGAGGAGUUCAGUCUAUACUACAAGAUAGUGAAGACUAUGUCAGGUAUGGACGAGACAACAAAGGAGUUUCUGGCCCAAAAGUUGGAUCUCAGCCUGAGAGAUCCGAUGCCAUUCUUGAACUCAAACCUCACGAAGUUGGAGUCGAAGUUUAAGUCGGACGACUGGAAGGCCGCUACGAGUUCAGCCUCAUAUACUCACGUGGCGGAUAUGGAUGAGCGACAAUGGGGUGUCGUGAUGCGAAAUAACGACUUGCUCAGUGGCAAGUUCUUUGCAGGAGGAAAUACCAAUGACAAACUAGCGGUACCCACAAGUAUUAGUCGAGCUCGACACACUGCGUUUGCCCUUAAGGAAAGGGAAAUUCCCGAGUAUAACGUCACUUUCCAGGUGUCGGCAAAACUCCCACAAGGACUCGACAAACCCGAGGUCAAGUUUCGCAUUCCCCGCUAUCAGAUCUGUGACCGCUCGAAAGUUGAGGUUUUCGAAACACAAAGUUCAGUUUCUGCCUCAAUGGCAGAGAAUGCAUUCAGCCAGACGACAGUGGAAGCAUCUGCAGGGGGCGGCUUUGUUGGUGUGAGCGUGGGGGUGAAGGCCGGUGCUACCACGAGUGACUCGAGUAGUUAUGCCCAUUCAUCAGUCAGAGAUGAAAGCCUCAUGCAUAUAUCUUACAUGUUUCCCCGAACCGACAUUUUCCUGGAAGCCGAAGACCUCGAAUUGACAGAGGAGUGUAAGACUGAGUUGGAUAAACUGAAGGAAAAUACAAGGACUAAAGAAGAUGCCGACAAUUUCUUCCGCAAGUUCGGUCAUGUCUUUGUCCCUCAUGUCCAGCUUGGUGGUCGACUUUACUCGGUUGAAAAAAGUGACAACAUUGCUGGGGCCACUAGUAAAGAGAAGGCAUCUGCGCUGAAGGCAGCCGCAAGUGCUUCCAUAUCUGGUUAUGGAUUCCAAGCCCAGGUCAGUGCCAGUCACGAAGAAACCAAAAAUUCGAAGUCGGAAUCAGCAAGCAGUAAGUCAACGCACUCGAUUACAUGGCAUGCGGAUGGUGGAGACACGCUGCUUUGCAACAACCCUCCUGCCUGGUGUCCCACGGUCCAAUCAUACUACAAUUGGAGAGUGAUGAAUCAAAUCGGGAUGAUCGACAUUGUUGAACUGAUUGGUAGAAUGAAGGACUACACGGACGCUCCCAAAUGGUUUAAAUGGGUCUACUAUGCGGACGUCCAAUUCAAGAUCUGCCUGUGGGACUCCACGGGAUCCAACCCGAAACCAUAUUUGUUAAUGGAUAAAAAUGAACAUCUCAUAGAGUCUUCGGAGGGUGCCGGUGGGAAUUACACCCGUCGCACCCACAGACAUGCACUCAGAAAGUCCACGUCGGGUAAGGAGCACAUCAAAGAUGCUACCAUUGAAAUUAGUGCACUGAAGCAUCUGUUGAUAUGGGAGGGUGAAAAAGGCCAAACAGCCCGCUUCAAGUACGGUGUUCAUUACCCAUUGCGAUUUUUCGAGCGGGACUCCAAAAACCCCGAUAACUCGAAAUUUUGGGGCGUUCGGCGCACCACCGAAGAGGAGCUCUACCAAAAAGCAAAUUUCCUCUAUGCAGGACUUAACGAAGAGUCGAAUGUCUUGGUGGUGUUCCGGAACGUGGAGGACAGCGAUGCUGCAGAGCGGGCCGAUCAAAUCUACGACCAUGCUAUAGUCCGAAUGGACUUCUAUGACUCCCACACGAGACAUGACUAUGGGUGGUUACAGAACGAUCCGCAGCUCGCCCAGAUACAGGGGCACAAGAGUACCUACAUCGAGCAGGAGCGGAAGUUCAAAUUUCGCUAUAUUUGA